AUGGCCACCCAGAUUUCACCAUCUGAUGCUCCCCAACGAUCAGAGGAGUGGUUUGCUCUACGAAGGGACAAGCUCACGACAAGCACCUUCAGCACUGCCUUGGGAUUUUGGAAAGGGAACCGUCGGCCAGAGCUUUGGCAUGAGAAGGUAUUUGAAUCAGAGAAACAAAUUGUGGAAGCUUCUAAAAGAGCCAUGGAAUGGGGCGUACUCAAUGAAGAAGUGGCCAUCGGCAAGUACAAAAGCAUCACAGGUCGUGAAGUGAAUUCGUACGGAUUUGCAACCCACACAGAAGAGCGACUUGGUUGGGUUGGUGCCUCCCCUGAUGGUCUUCUUGAUGGUCUUAUCGAUUGCUUUCAAGGCGGUGGGAUACUGGAAGUGAAGUGUCCAUAUAACAAGGGCAAACCUGAGAAGGGUCUGCCCUGGUCAACUAUGCCGUUCUAUUACAUGCCUCAGGUGCAGGGUCAAAUGGAGAUAAUGGACAGAGAGUGGGUUGAUCUGUAUUGCUGGACACCAAACGGAAGCACUAUAUUCCGUGUGUGCAGGGACCGUAGUUACUGGAACUUGAUGCAUGGAAUUUUAAGGGAAUUUUGGUGGGAAAAUGUGAUUCCUGCAAGGGAAGCUCUGUUGUUGGGGAAGGAAGAAGAGGCCAAGCAAUAUAUCCCAACUUCUACACACAAGCAAACAGGGCUUGCAAUUGUUAAGAGCUUGAAGUUAGCCAGUGAGGCUAAGUUGUUGUGUAGAGAAAUUGCAGGUCACGUUGAAUUUUUCUAG